AUGGUAUCAAAUUUAUUUCAAGUUAAAGAUAAAAUUAUAUUAGUUACUGGAGGUGGUAGUGGUAUAGGAUAUGGUAUUUCAUUAGGAUUUGUAAAGAAUGGUGCAAAAGUUUAUAUUUGUUCAAGAGAUUUUGAAAAAUGUAAGAAAACAGCAGAAGAAUUAACAAAGAUUGGACCAGGAAAAUGUAUAGCAAUUAAAGCAGAUUUAUCGAAAUUGAGUGAUAUUAAAAAUUUAUUUGAAGAAUUCUCAAAAUAUGAACAGUCAUUGGAUUGUUUAGUUAAUAAUUCAGGUGCAAAUUGGGGUGAAGAAUUAGAGAAAUAUCCAGACCAAGCAUGGGAUAAAGUUAUGAAUUUAAAUGUUAAAGCUGUUUUUAAUACAAGUGUUGCAGCAUUACCAUUCCUAAGAAAGAAUGCAACCUCACAAGAUCCUUCAAGAAUUAUUAAUAUUGGUUCAAUCGAUGGUAUUAGAGUACCACGUUUAGAAACUUAUGCUUAUUCAGCAAGUAAAGCUGCCCUUCAUCAGUUAACUAGAACUUUAGCCGAUAGAUUAGCACCUGAACAUAUUCUAGUCAAUGCAAUCGCUGCUGGUCCUUUUAUGUCUAAAAUGACUAAACAAACUUUUACACAAUUUGAGGAUUUGGUCAAAUCUAGUGUUGCCACUGGUAGAUUUGGUAAUAAUGAAGAUCUUGAAGGUUUAUUGGUAUUUUUAACUUCAAGAGCUAGUACUUAUAUAACUGGUGCUAUUAUUCCUUUGGAAGGUGGUGUUUUAAUUAAAUCAAAUCUUUAA